AUGGUCAUCUCCGUUUCUGGCGAAGCCAGUUGUAAUAAUGAAACCAAUAGUUUAAUUAAGGAACCUAAAGAAUCUGAGGCCUCAGAAGUUAAUUGUAUUUCUAAUAAUAGUACCUCUGGUCAAAGCACCAGUCAAGUUAAUAAUAGUAAGUCUGGUCAAAGUACCACACCAAUAGUCAAUGAAAGUAGUAAGUCUAGUCAAAGCACCAGACCAAUAGUUAAUAGUAGUAAGUCUGGUCAAAAUACCAGUCAAAUAGAUAAUAGUAGUAAGUCUGGUCAAAGUACCAGCCAAAUAGUUAAUAGUAGUAAAUCUGGUCAAAGCACCAACCAAGUAGUUAAUAGUAGUAGUAAUUAUGGUCAAAGUACCACUAAAGUAGUUAAUGUCAGUAAUAUUUCUGUUGUUGUUGACAUCGAAGAAGAUAAUACUGAAUUUUCUUCUCAGGACUCUACCCCUGUCCAGGGCUCUGAGUCCCCUGAUAUCUCUGAAUUCUCCUCUCCUCUCACGCGGAGUGUGUCCUCUGACGGUUUUGAAAUUGUCACCAGGAAACGCCCUAAAAAGCGUGUCAUGGUUCCAUCCCAAGCUCAAUUAUACAGCGCGGUCUCCAAGCCGACUAAGGCUGUUCCCAAUCUUCCCAAUAGGAAGGGGAAGCCCCAGCCCCAGCCCUGGCUUUCAUGA